AAUAAUGAUAUUGAAAAAUAUACAACACAACUCAUCUUUCAUAAAGGUUCAGAAUCUGAUUUUCAUGAAAUAAUUUGGGAUCUCAAAUAUGAUAAAUGCAAAUAUACUACUAAAAAACUUAAAAAAAUUGUUCAAGAGCUUAAUAAAGAUGAACCAGGAGAAGUUAUAAUCAAAAAUAAUCAAGUUUAUUGCCAUAGAUUUUUUCCUGAAUUUAAAAAACAUUAUUUACAAGAUUAUCUAUAUUGUAAAGAAUUAUCUGAUUAUAAGCAACAGAUACAUGCUUCAGAUUCAGAUUUAUUACAAUUAAAAGAUUAA